UCCUAUGGAGGACUCUCAUUGGCAAAUACAUAGCAUCAGCAAUCCAGGUUUUAUAUUUUUUACUGUCUAUGGUUUGCAUACAUCAUUGGUCGUGACCAACCAGACCCAUACUUUAUGAAAAGCGACCAAUGAUGUAUGCAAUCCCUUAAGGGUUGUUUCUUUAAGCAUUUAGCCAGCUAACUUACUCCGGUUGUCAAAACUUAAAAAUAUCCGGUUGACCUUUAAAAUUUGUUAGCAGCUUUCCUCUUGCGAACUUCACGAGCUAACUGAGUGGAUCGCACACUGAACAUGAGUUUCAGUAACGUUAGCUAAACGAACGCAGACAGAGAAACAAGGGCAAGGACAAUUCGGAAAGGAGCGUUGAAACACGUUUGUUGGCCUGUCUGAAAGCGAUAUUGGAAAUGUUUUCCUUGUCAACAACAGUCCAACCACAGGUCACUGUCCCCCUGAGUCACCUGAUCAACACCCUCCACUCCCUGAAGAGCUCAAUAGGAAGCAGCAGCAGUGCCACUGCUAAACCUCCGCACAGACAGCAUGCCUCAGAACAGGACUUGCAUAGUACCGAGCCCACGUGGAGCCUGAGGGACCUGGGCCUGUCUGAUCUGGGCGUGCGGCAGCUGGAAGAGCUAGUGAGCGGUAUGUUACCACGUCUGAGUCAACAGGGGGCGCCGUCCUCAUCCAGCCCCAGCCAACAGGCCUGGAGGACCUCCCACCUGUCUUCACAGUCGUUCUUUCACAACAAGCAUGGGUUCUCUGGCGGCAACAUUGGCACUGACUCCCCUGUUUUCUGCAGACAGAUCCCCUCCCCUCUUCAAACCGUUUUCACAGAGUUCCACUACUGGCCAGUGUGGGUCCAAAGCCGAGGCUUUAAAACUCUAAGGAAACACAAGCGACUGCAGGCAGGCUUUGAGCGUCCCAUGGAACCAGACGGCUUUACGCCAUCCUUUAUGAAGGGCCUCCUGACGCGUGAUAAGGGGAUGGAGGUGGAAACCCUGGACAAGCUCCUGAAGAACAAGAACAUUCCAGAUGGGCAGCAAGAGUAUUUUAAGACCGGGUUUGCAGAGGGCUUCCUGAAAUCCCAAGCGCUGACACGGCGCACACAAGACUCUCUGAGGAGGACGAGGUUUAUACUGCUGGUCCUGCUGUUGGUGGGACUCUAUGGCCUCUCCAAGACCCCCUUCCUAUCGGUGCGAUUCCGAACCACAUCAGGCCUGGACUCGGCGGUGGACCCUGUCCAAAUGAAGAACGUGACGUUUGAGCACGUCAAGGGGGUGGACGAGGCCAAGAACGAGCUGCAGGAGGUGGUGGAGUUCCUCCGGAGCCCAGAAAAGUUCACCGUCCUCGGAGGGAAACUGCCGAAAGGGAUCUUGCUGGUUGGCCCUCCUGGCACUGGGAAGACUCUGUUGGCCAGAGCCGUAGCUGGAGAGGCCGACGUCCCCUUCUAUUACGCCACCGGUUCGGAAUUUGAUGAGAUGUUUGUGGGGGUUGGAGCCAGUCGCAUCAGGAACCUCUUCAGGGAAGCUAAAGCCAACGCCCCAUGCGUGGUUUUCAUUGACGAGUUGGACAGCGUCGGAGGGAAGAGAAUCGAGUCUCCCAUGCACCCUUACUCCAGACAGACCAUCAACCAGCUACUGGCUGAGAUGGACGGAUUCAAACCAAACGAAGGGGUCAUCAUCAUCGGAGCGACCAACUUCCCUGAGGCUUUGGAUAACGCUCUGAUUAGGCCGGGACGUUUUGACAUGCAGGUCACUGUCCCCAAGCCAGACGUGAAAGGGCGCACAGAAAUCCUCAACUGGUACUUAAGGAAGAUCAAAGUAGACCCUGACAUCAAGGCUGGGAUCAUCGCCAGGGGCACAGUGGGCUUCUCCGGGGCCGACCUGGAGAACCUGGUGAACCAGGCGGCUCUGAAGGCGGCGGUGGACGGCAAAGAAAUGGUGACCCUCAAAGAGCUGGAGUUUGCCAAGGACAAGAUCCUCAUGGGCCCAGAGAGGAAGAGUGUGGAGAUAGACCAGAAGAACAAGGAGAUCACGGCCUACCACGAGUCUGGCCACGCUAUCGUGGCGUACUACACCAAGGACGCCAUGCCUAUCAAUAAGGCCACCAUCAUGCCCAGAGGGCCUUCCCUGGGUCAUGUGUCUAUGCUCCCGGAGGAUGACCGCUGGAGCGAGACGCGUGCUCAGUUGCUGGCCCAGAUGGAUGUCAGCAUGGGAGGCCGCGUGGCAGAGGAGAUCAUAUUUGGCAAUGAGUUCAUUACCACUGGGGCAUCAAGUGACUUUGAUGCUGCCACCAAAAUUGCAAAAAUGAUGGUGACCAGAUUUGGAAUGUGUGAGAGGCUGGGUGUCAUGACCUACGCUGACCAAACCAAGCAGAGCCCGGAGACACAGGCUGCCAUCGAACAUGAAGUCAGGAUACUUUUAAAGGAUUCGUACGAGCGGGCCAGGGCGCUCCUCAAGUCCCACGCCAAGGAGCACAAGAACCUGGCCACCGCCCUGCUGCAAUACGAGACGCUGGAUGCCAAAGAGAUCAAGAUGGUCCUGGAGGGCAAGGCCCUGGAGAUCAGAUGAGACCUCCAAGAGUGGAGGCGUCACUCUGGUUAUUGGGGAGACGGGGGUGGGGUGGAGAGACAAAAAAUUACUGUGGAUUAGGGUAGGGAAGCAUAGGAAGUGGCGGGACUGGCUUUUUGGAAGGUGUUGGAAUGUAAAUAUAUGAAAAUCAAGGCUUCAGGAUAGGAUUCUUUUUUAAUGUAAAAUAUGUACGCAAACUACGCACACAGUCUUAUCUUCCUGUUAAUGUCUGGAUAGUUGUUAGGAUCCUUAUUGUCGAUAACAAGGAGGAUUGUGGGAUUUCCCUUCAAAUUGGUAGGUGCAAUCAGCAGUUGCUACAUCCAUUUUUAGAUUUAUAAAUGAAUUAUAUGUACCCAUUGAUUCUUGAUUCUUG